AUGUUGUAAAAGCUUCCAAAAAGUACAUAUUUGUGUCAACUCAUUUUAAUUAAGAUAUUUUUACCCAUACCCUGCUUUUUGUUAUGUUAAUAAAAAUUCAUCAUUAUAUAUCAAUUGAUAGCCCAUCUCAUUCUAAGCUUCCUCAUAAACACCUUUGAUCCUCCAUUCUCAUUGCUGCAAAAAUGUGAACACAAAUUUUACAACACACAUACACAAAAAUAUUUAGAGGGAAGGUCAAUUAAACAAUUUAGUGGAGAUCAACUAAAAUAUUUGUGGAGUCAUUUAAAUUAUUUGGGGUUAAGAGUCUUCUCAAUUGUAUCCAUCAUAUAACCAGGAAAUAGUAAUCUUCUCCCUCAUCAUAUACCUACUUUCAUAUACACCUCAAUUAAUAGCCUUCACCAUUCUAAGCAUGUUCCCAAACACCUCGAUCUUCUAUCAAUACUUAUUGCUGAAAAAUGCAAUUCCAAACGCUACUAUUCUUCAAAUAAUAACAAUGUAAAAGAGAAUAAAAUAAAUUAAUUAUUUAAUAAUUAAAUUUUAAUGUAAUUUUUAUAGCCAAAAGUAAUAGAAAAUGAGUGUUUCUGCAAACAGCAUAAACAACCUAUUGAAUUAGUCAUUCUAGAUUCUAAAUUAUCAAACGAUUAAAGAGUUUUAUGUAAGUCUUGUAGUAAAUUGAAUCCAAACAAAGCUGAGAUUGUUAAUUAUCUACUACUUAAAGAGAACUUUGAUAGACAAUAAAGUGAAAGGAUAAAACAAUACCAGCCAAUAAUCAAACCUCAUAUAGAAUAUGUUGAAAACUUUUAGAAAGUUGCUGAUGCAUUCAAAACAAGAUUAGUUCGAUAGCUUGAUAAUUUUUUGUGGCUUUCCAAAGAUUGGAUUACUAAUUUGAGUGAUAUUGCAUAAUAAUACAGCUUUUUGGGAGAAUUAGAUGCUUUCAUUAAGUAGUCAUAGUUUGUUGUUGAUUAAAGAAAUACAAUGUAAAACAUUAAAAAAUUAAAUGAAAAUUGGAAUAUUAAAAUAUAAAAAUAAUUGGAUCGAUUAAAUCUCUAACCUGAAAUCAAGAAAUGUUAGGAUAUAUUGUGCUCUUUAAGUCAAUUAGUCCAAAAUCAAGAAAGAGAAAUUAACUAGGAAUAUUCUUCACAUUCAAAGAUACAAUAACCUUUAAAAGACGAAUUAAUUUAUAAUAGAAAGGAUGAUUUCUAUUAGGUAUUGACUUAGACUAAGAACUUUGAUAGAUCUUACCUUAAUGAGCUACUUAAGUUGUUGAGAAAUUAGAAAAUUACUAAUUGUUUAGAGUUCUUUAAAAAUUAAAGUCAGUUAUAAUUUAUUACAUCUAUGAUUUAAAAUAUUAGCGAAAUAGACAUAAAUUAGAUGAAUUAUUCAAAUGAUAAAUAUGAUUAAAUAAGAAAGGAAUUGAUCCAAAAAAUAUCUUAUGAUGAAAACAUCAUUGAAUUUUUGAAAUUUCUUGUAUCAUUGACUUCAAUUGACGAGAGAUUUAUCUAAUGUGGAUCUAAUGCACUCAAUUUAUUGGUUGAAAUGAAGGUGGAUUUGAGAGAACACAGCUUUGAAAAUAUAAGGAUGAGGGAUACUUCAUUGAUUGGUGGUAAUUUUGUAAGAUGCAAUUUUAACGGAUCAGAAUUUGAUAAUGUGGAUAUAAGUGGAGUUAAUUUGAAUUAGGCUUAAUUGUUCAAUUGUAAAUGGAAAAACAUCAAAAUUCAUGAGUUAAAUAGAUUAGAUGGUCAUUCAGGUAGAGUAAGGCAGUCAAUUUCUCUCCUGAUGGUACUAC